AUGCAUGAAAGAGAAAUGAUGGAGACGGAACAAUUGCAACAAAAUGUCGAACAAUUCAAGGGUCAAGCACGGCUCCCAAAAUUCGCGAUCCCUCAUAACUAUAAUCUAUCUAUCAAUGUUGACUUAUCCAACUUUACUUUCUUGGGUGUGAUAGAGAUCACGAUAGAUAUUGUUUCCCCCACGAAAUACCUUGUACUUAAUGUUGCUGACCUUGUAGUUGAGCAAAGCUCUAUUUGGUUCAGUGGUGCUCUUCUUGGAGGUAGCGGAGAGGAGCUAAAGCAUCCCUCGAGUAUUGUGGAGGUCAAAGAUGACGAGAUCCUAAUUCUAGGGUUCGAUGGCAUUCUUCCAAUUGGGAAAGGCAUUCUAAGCAUUAAAUAUAGUGGUAUCAUAAAUGAUGGAUCGAGGGGGUUUUAUAGAAGCACCUAUGAGCAAUAUGGAGAAACACAAAUUAUGGCUUUGACCCAAUUCGAGCCAACAGAUGCUAGACGUUGUUUUCCAUGUUGGGAUGAACCAGCAUUCAAGGCUACAUUCACAAUAAAGUUGGAAGUUCCAUCCAAGUUGGUUGCACUAUCAAACAUGCCUGUGAUAAGUGAAAAUGAUAAUGGUAUUGUCAAGACAAUUUAUUUUCAAGAGUCUCCAAUUAUGUCCACCUACUUGGUUGCUUUUGUUGUCGGUUCAUUGGACUACAUAGAGACAUAUUCAUCUGAUGGACUAAAAAUCCGUGUUUAUACACGGAUUGGUAAAAGCAAUCAGGGAAAAUUUGCUUUAGAUCUUACUACGAAGACAUUGGAUUUUUUGAAAGGAUAUUUCUCUAUUCCUUAUGGCCUUCCCAAGUUGGAUUUGGUGGCUGUUCCUUACUUUCAAGAGCAAGGGAUGGAGAAUUAUGGAUUGCCAAUAUUCAGUGAGGACUAUUUAUUCUACGAUGAAUUGAGCUCAUCUGUCAAAGUUAAACAACAGGUGGCGGAAAUAGUAGCACAUGAGUUAGCCCAUCAAUGGUUUGGGAAUCGGGUGACAAUGGAAUGGUGGACAGAUCUAUGGCUAAAUGAAGGGUUUGCCGAUUGGAUGAGUUAUUUAGUAAUAGAUGAUGUGUUUCCUGAAUGGGAAAAGUGGAGUCAACUUCUUGACGAUACUACUACAACUCUAGAAUUAGAUGCAUUAUCUGAUUCUCAUCCUAUUGAGGUACUGAAUAUCACAUCUAGCAUUGAAGCAUUGGAAAUGUUUGAUUCAAUAACCUACCAGAAGGGAGCCUUGGUUAUUCGAAUGCUUCAAAGUUACCUUGGAGAUGAAUCUUUUCAGAAAUCACUAGCUGCAUAUAUUAAAAGAUAUUCAUACCUCAAUGCAAAAACUGAAGACCUUUGGAAUGUUAUUCAAGAGGAAAUUAAUGAACCUAUUGGCGAUAUGAUGUCUUCUUGGACAAAGCAAGAAGGAUAUCCUGUCAUAAAUGUGAUGCUUACAGGAAAUGUCUUAGAAAUUAAUCAGUCUCGAUUUUUACUGGAUGGAUCUUUCGAUGACAGUCAAUGGAUAAUUCCUAUUACAUUAUCCCAUGGUUCAUAUGACACCACUAAAACUUUUUUAUUAAACUCAAAGUCUGCAAAGUUGAAUUUGAUUGAUCAAGACAACCAAGGGAAUUCUCAAAAUGCUUGGAUCAAAUUGAAUAUCAAGCAAGGAGGAUUGUACAAAGUGCAUUAUGAUAAUGAACUUGUAACCAGGCUAAGAAAUGCAAUAGAGGCGAAUCAAUUAAACCAAAUGGAUAGAUAUGGAGUUUUGGAGGAUUAUUUUUUGUUUUGCAAAGCUAGUAGGGAAACAUUAUCAUCUUUCUUGUUAUUAUUAAAUGCUUAUCGAGAAGAGGCUAAUCAACUCAUUCUAAACCGUAUUAUCACAAUUGGUCUAACUAUCGUAGACUUAAUAGCUGAUGCUAAACCUGAACUUUCAAAUGAUGUUAAAUUACUCUUUAUUAAUCUUCUCCAAUCGCAUGCAGAGUAA